CUUUGGGACUUCUGUAAACCAUUUACCAUAGUCUAGAAUACACUAUCGGAUAGCAGCUCAGUCCGCGUCGUUAACUUUUCGGGAAAAGGAUCGUUAACAUUUCGGGAAAUAGAAGGAUUAAUAUUAUUCUGCAGGAAUUAAUGCAGCGCCAGGGAAAAGAAGUGGUUCACACUAUCUCCGACAUGAUACGGUGACAAGUACGUUAGAUUGGAAAGCUUUUAUUUAAUCAAAAGUUUCCUGUUCCACGGCAGACGACACAUUUCUAACUUUGGAAAAUACCCAAGGGGAUCCGAAAAACGCAACAAGGCAGCGCAGCACGUUUCAAAGAUUCAGAGACGUUUCCUGUCAACAUAUUUUAGAAAGGAAAACAUGUAUCGUUUUCUAUUUGUGAUAGAAAAAUAGUGUGUAUAUUCAGGGAGAAUUUCUUCUCGGAUUUAGAUAUCAAGUUUUACAAUCAAGCGGCCGCAGAUAUUUUCUAAAGCCGCGGAGGGGUCUGCUUUGUGUCAUCACGUUCCAGGAAUAUUGUUCAAUAAAAAAGAACGAAAAGUACAAAUAUGAAGGAUUUACAGAGAAAGAUAGUGGAAUUAAAAGACGUGAAGGAUGAAAAAAUGAUGAAACUAAAAAAUUUCAGACCUACAAACGGAGAUGAUGCCUUAGCUCCAUUCAAAAAGGGGUUUGAAGAAAAGGGGUUUGCUAAAUAUGAUGAACUGGACGAAGCUUAUGGAGAGGUUGACGAAGAAGAGAUCAGAGACGAUAAACCAAGUGGAAACUGUCCGAGAUGGUGUACAAGAUGCCCAUUUGAUAAUGUGUCAUGGUUAUGCAGAUGUGAUUUCUGUGCAAGAAGAUAUCAGAUGGCAAUUCUCAGCAGCAUUGGUUUUAUGAUCUCAUUCGGUAUAAGAUGCAAUAUGGGUGUAGCUAUUGUAAGAAUGACAAAGAAUGAGACAUACGACGAGAAUGGUGACGGACUACUAAAUCAACCUGAAUUUACGUGGACUCCGGAGACUAUAGGCGUUGUAGACAGUUCUUUCUUCUGGGGUUAUAUAAUAACACAAGUCCCCGGAGGUUACCUAGCCUCAAGACUACCAGCCUCGAGAAUUUUUGGUCUAGCCAUCGGGAUAUCAGCAUGCUUAAAUCUCUUUAUUCCCGGAGCCGCCCAAGUUCAUUAUGGCUUAGUGAUGGGUGUAAGAAUUCUUCAAGGUCUAGUUGAGGGUGUAACAUAUCCAGCCUGUCACGGUAUUUGGAGUCACUGGGCCCCACCCCUUGAAAGAUCCAAACUAGCAACGACUGCUUUUUGUGGAUCCUAUGCCGGUGCUGUUAUAGGAAUGCCAUUGUCUGGUAUACUUACCAAAAGUUUUGGCUGGCAGUCAGGAUUCUAUGUCUUUGGUGCUAUGGGUAUAGUUUGGGCAGUCGUGUGGUGGUUUCUAGCAUUUGACACACCAGGCCAUCAUCCUUACAUAACUGAACAUGAGCGCGUUUAUAUUGAAACUUGUAUUGGGGAGAACACAUCUGUGUUGAGCAAGGAAAUGAAGACACCAUGGUUAAAGUUUUUCAAAUCCAUGCCAGUAAUUGCUAUUAUGGUGGCAAAUUUUUGUAGAAGUUGGACAUUUUACCUGCUAAUUAUAGAACAACCUACUUAUUUUAAUGAAGUAUUUGACUUCGAUUUGUCAAAGAGUGGUAUUCUGUCCGCCCUACCACAUCUUAUAAUGGCGAUUAUUGUUCCGAUAGGAGGUUUUAUAGCUGACUACCUGCGCCGCCGAGGUAUACUUUCUACAACAGUUGUUAGGAAAAUCUUCAACUGUGGAGGUUUCGGUAUGGAGGCCGUUUUCCUGUUAGGUGUAGGUUUUACACGUAACACAACCACUGCCAUUGUGUGUCUCACACUUGCUGUUGGAUUCAGUGGGUUUGCAAUAUCAGGAUUCAAUGUAAACCACUUAGAUAUAGCCCCUCGUUAUGCUAGUAUAUUGAUGGGCUUUAGUAAUGGGUUUGGAACAAUUGCCGGAAUGCUGUGCCCUAUUGUCACAGAACAGUUGACCAAACACGAGACUGCAGACGACUGGGAGCGCGUCUUUAUCAUAGCCAGCUGUGUCCAUUUUGCUGGGGUUGCGUUCUAUGCUGUGUUCGCUUCCGGUGAUAAACAGGAGUGGGCUGAUCCACCACCGGAAGACAACGCGUGGAAACCGGAAGAUACGCUUAAAGGAGAGGAUAAAUUCAAUUCGUACGGGAGCUUAAACAAAGAAAGCUUUUCACAACAGAACGGCACCAUACAGAGCAAAACGGAUGAUUAUGGCUAUGGGAAUUAUGACGACCAUUAUAAUUAUGGAAAUCAAAAUGGGACAGUGCAGCAAAAUGGUAGCGUAGUAAAUGACAGCGGGUACGGAUACGACGCCCCUGUCAAUUUCAAUACUGACUACUUUACGCAAUAUGCACAACCCACUUAUGAAACAAAAGAGGAAUUUGUCCAGAAACAAGCACGAGAGCACGUGUAUUUCUCUGAUGAUGAAAAGGAUAUAUGAUAUUGUACAAUAUUAACUAGGAAAUAUAUUUAACUCAUUGAAAUCAUGGACAUCGUUUAUUGAGUCAACAUUAAGUAUUUAAUACAGUUAUGAUAUAAUGUAACAGUGCAAUGGUUAAUGUCUUAAUGUCCUUUGUUCAUUUUAGUAAGCUGCUUUCUUGAUACGUAGUGUAACAAAAACAAGAACAAAGUCUUUAAAGUCAUGUAUAAAAUGAACGUAGACAUUGACAAGCCGCUCGUCCAAGUAAUAUGGACUCUAAACAAGCGCACAAUAUCUUUGUGAUACAUUUUUCUAGUCUUUGAUGUUAUGCAUAACAUGUUGUAAGAUAAUUUUACAUUAAUUUAUAGUUAAAGAAAUCAAAACUGGAAUAAGCCUACGAUUUGUGCUUCUUAUUUCAGUUCACCUUGAAAUUUAUAUCAAAAUAAAUGUUUCAAUUUCCCAAAAUAACCUGGUUAUGAACAUGCUGAUGAUCAGUACAUUAAGUUUUAGGUUUCAAGCAAAACGUUGCACAAAUGUCAUUUAUUCAAAAAUAAUAUGUUGGUUUUUUUAAUAUAAAGAAUAAAAACAAUUCUUUUUUCUUUAACUCUAAUCGAUAAUUAUGAAGUCAUGAUUACAACAACAUAUUAAUUCAUUUAUAAGGCCAGUGGCUAAUUAUAUUCAAUGCAUCACGUGGAACGGAUCAUUUACGUUCCCCAUAAUUGGGAUAGGUCACUCAAAUUUUUUCUUCCAUCAUUCCAAUUGAACAAAAUAUUGUUGACACACAUCAUUAUAUCUACAACAGCGGAAAAGUGCACGCUGAGCGCAUUUAAUUAAUAACAUGAUUUUAUUCUUUAAAUAAUAAGUACAAAAACGUUGUUUUCUGGCGAUAUUACUGUGUUUUGAGUUUGCUUUGAGGAUAUCUUAACGAAUUACAUAUGAAUUACCUAUUUCCCCUCAAAGCCGUUCUCAAAUAACAUUUGUUUGAUCUCGGAAGCCCAAUUACAUCUCUUACUGUUAUUGAAGGGCAUAUUUUUAUCCCACUACAUCUCCUUAAGCAAGUAUACCUGCAAAAAAAUUUAUGAAAUUGCAAAAAAAGAUACUUUCUGUCCUUAAAUUGUCCUUGAAUUGUUGUGACAAUACAGCAACACGAAACCUCCAAAUGCUUUGUACUUAAUAUAGUUAACCUUUUCCACCACCAAAAUUAACAUGCCAUGCUUAACCAAGGGACGUAACUCAAAUUGAUAAUUAUGCAUGUCUUGCAACUUUGCCUCUUUUAAAACGAUGCCAAAAUGAUUUAGUGCGAUAUAUUACAGUAGCAGACCAAGCAGCACGAUAUGCUUUUGUACCAUUUAUUUUUAAUCACAGCUGUUUUAUUAAGACUGGUUCACAGCUAUUUUAUUCAAGAUUGACUCACAUCUAUUUUAUUCGAGACUUAUUCACAUCUGUUUUAUUCGAGACUGAUUUUGUCAAGCUAGCUUACGUAAUAUCGGUUGUUCUACUUAGAUGUCCACUAGUGCAUGACAAAAAUGCACAAAUGGGGCACCUGAGCAACGUUAAGACCCAACCAAAAUAAAAAAUUGAGACUACUUUAUUUAAAAAAAAUGAAAUUAAGGAGGUUUACAGGCAAUGGCUGCAUUUUCCGUACAUUUUUGUUGUUUAACAUGUUUAAAGCACCUCAUAUUUAUUUACAAAUAUAUCUAAUUUAAUUUUCAUGCAAAUGCAAGGUAUGCUUAUAGAUAGACAUAUGUAAGGUAGCUAUUUUUAGAUUACUGCUUUUCGUUUUUCUUUUUCAUAUCUGAGUGUUAAGCCUUUCUGGUAGAAUAUAUUAGAUAAAUGACAUAAAACAUAAAGGGU